GCCCCUGGCGCUGCGCUGCGCUUGUCGCCGCCGCUGUCCUCGGCAUGUCCCUGAGCGGCGCUCCGGCUGCCAGUGGGAGCUCGUAGGAGGCGGGCUGGGGAAGUCCUCGCCUUGCCGUGCGUUUCGCGUACCUCGGGGAUGGAGGGCGCCUGAGCCGGGCGCCGAGCGUGAGGAGAGCGUGUUGUGCAGGGGGCAGCAGCCGGCUCGGAAAGUCAGUCAAGUCAAUCGGGCAGGCAGGCGAGGAGGCAGCCACCCCGCCAUGGAAGCGCAGCCGGCAGCGGCCCCCGCGGCAGCGGCCCCGGUAGCGGCGGCCCCCGGCCCCGGCGCGGCACCCUCGGAGCCUGCCAAGGAUACGGACCGGCAGCUGCGCCUUCGGCUCUGCGUCCUCAACGAGAUCCUGGGCACGGAGAGGGACUACGUGUGCACCCUGCGCUUCUUGCAGUCGGCGUUUCUCCACCGAAUUAGACAGAGCGCUGUGGACAAAGCUGAAAAAUACAUAACAGAGGACAACAUCAAGAUUUUAUUUUCCAACAUAGAAGAUAUACUUGAUGUUCACAAGGACUUCCUGAAAGCUCUGGAAUAUUGUUUGCAUCCAGAACCUCAGUCUCAGCAUGAACUGGGAGAAGUUUUCUUAAAAUUUAAAGACAAGUUCUUUGUAUAUGAGGAAUAUUGCAGCAACCAUGAAAAAGCACUCAGACUCUUGAUGGAACUGAACAAGAUCCCACCUGUGAGAGCAUUCCUAUUGAGCUGCAUGCUUUUGGGAGGCAGAAAGACGACAGACAUUCCACUUGAGGGUUAUCUUCUAACUCCAAUCCAGAGGAUUUGCAAAUACCCACUGCUCCUGAAGGAGCUCGCCAAGAGGACACCCAGUAAACAUGCUGAUUAUCAGGCAGUGCAGAACGCAUUACAGGCAAUGAAAGCAGUGUGCACCAAUAUCAAUGAGACCAAGAGGCAGAUGGAGAAGCUGGAAGCCCUUGAGCAGCUGCAGUCUCACAUUGAAGGAUGGGAGGGAUCCAACUUGACAGACAUCUGCACCCAUCUCUUGCUCCAAGGCACCUUGUUAAAAAUCUCAGCAGGAAACAUCCAGGAGAGAACCUUCUUUCUCUUUGAUAACCUCCUUGUUUACUGCAAGCGGAAAUCCAGAGUUGCUGGGAAAAAGACAUCCAAACGCACAAAGUCCAUCAAUGGCUCCCUCUACAUCUUCAGGGGCCGAAUAAACACAGAAGUCAUGGAGGUUGAGAAUGUGGAAGAUGGGACAGCCGAUUACCACAGCAAUGGUUACACGGUGACAAAUGGCUGGAAGAUACACAACACUGCCAAAAACAAAUGGUUCGUCUGUAUGGCCAAGACAGCAGAGGACAAACAGAAAUGGCUGGAUGCUAUCAUCAAGGAAAGGGAACAGAGAGAGAGUCUGAAGUUGGGCAUGGAGAGGGAUGCGUACGUCAUGAUCGCCGAGAAAGGGGAGAAGCUGUAUCACAUGAUGAUGAACAAGAAAGUGAGCCUUAUCAAAGACAGGAGAAGAAAAUUAAGCACUGUUCCCAAGUGCUUUCUUGGCAACGAGUUUGUAUCUUGGCUCAUAGAAAUGGGGGAGAUAAGCAAACCGGAAGAAGGGGUCAACCUGGGACAAGCUCUGCUGGAGAACGGCAUCAUUCAUCAUGUUUCAGAUAAGCACCAGUUCAAGAAUGAGCAGGUGAUGUACAGGUUUCGCUACGAUGAUGGGACUUACAAGCCAAGGAGCGAAUUGGAAGACAUCAUGUCCAAGGGUGUGAGGCUCUACUGCCGCCUCCACAGUCUUUACACUCCGGUGAUAAAAGACCGAGACUACCACUUGAAGACCUACAAGUCAGUGAUCCCAGCAAGUAAGCUGGUGGACUGGCUGAUUGCUCAGGGAGACUGUCAGACGAGGGAGGAAGCUGUUGCGCUGGGCGUUGGAUUCUGCAACAAUGGCUUCAUGCACCAUGUUCUGGAGAAGAGCGAAUUCAAAGACGAGUCUCAGUAUUUCCGCUUUCAUGCAGAUGAGGAGAUGGAAGGUACAAGUUCUAAGAGCAAGCCAUUGCGAAAUGACUUCAAGCUGAUUGAAAACAUCUUAGCUAAAAGCUUGUUGGUUUUGCCAGAAGAGGAUGACUAUGGCUUCGACAUAGAAGACAAGAACAAAGCCAUUGUGGUGAAGUCUGUUCGUCGAGGGUCACAUGCAGAGAUGGCUGGGUUGCAGGUUGGGCGGAAGAUUUAUUCCAUGAAUGAGGAUCUGGUGUUCCUGCGUCCAUUUCAAGAGGUGGAGACGAUAUUGAACCAGUCUUUCUGCUCUCGGAGACCUCUUCGGCUUCUUGUGGCAAUCAAGGCAAAAGAGAUUAUCAAAAUCCCAGAUUGCAGCGAAAAGCUGUGCUUCCAGAUUCGGGGAGCUGCACCACCAUAUGUUCAUGCUGUGGGGAGAGGAUCAGAUGCAAGUGCUGUGGGGCUUCACCCAGGACAGUGUGUCUUGAAAGUGAGCGGGAAUAACAUGAUGAAUGAAAAUUACACUGAGGUUCUGGAGCACUUUGCGGCAUACAGGAACAGGCAGCAGGAAUAUCUGGGUUUUUAUCAAUGGGUGUACCGAACACAUGAAGACGCAGAAGAGGACAGAGCUCGGCAGUCAGCUUCCAACUCAUACCUGAAUGGAAGUCAUUCUGAAUCUUGUAAAGGAGAUCUCUCAAUCGAGGAAAAUGAUCCCCUUAAUGACAGCCAGCAAGACGAAGAAUUGGCCCUUCAGACUUUUGACUCCCCGUUAAUCAUCAGAGAAGACACUUCUCUUAUUAGCCUAACGGUGGACAAUGUUCACCUGGAACAUGGCGUCGUGUAUGAAUACGUCAGCACUGCUGGAAUCAGGAGUUUUGUCCUGGAGAAGAUCAUUGAACCCAAGGGGUCCUUCAACCUCACAGCAAAGAUUUUGGAGACCUUUGCUACAGAUGACAGCUUCUUUGUGAAGAACUGCAGAAGGCUUAUGUCCCUCAGCAAUGCUGUGGUCACCAUGCCACAAUAUGAGUGCCGGCAGAUUUGUGACACAAAGUUGGAGAGCAUCAGCAGAAGGGUUGCCAGCUAUCAAGGGUUCGCAGAUGAGUUGAAAACCAAGGUGAGCCCACCCUUCAAACGAGCCACAACGGAACUUCACCCUCUGAGCAGCAUGGAUUUCUGCCCCACCAACUGCCACAUUAACCUCAUGGAAGUGUCGUAUCCCAAAAACACUACCUCGGUGGCUAGGUCGUUCAGCAUUCGCAUCGGACGGAAGCCUUCUAUUAUUGGCCUAGAUCCAGAACAAGGAAGCUUAAAUCCAGUCUCGUAUACUCAGCACUGCAUAGCCAGCAUGGCUGCACCGUCAUGGAGAUGCUUGGCGCCAGAAAAUGGGGACCUCAACCCACAUGGACAAUACGAUGGUUGCUAUGGCCAAGAGAAUGGAGGAACUCCUCAGGAGGAGAGAGGUCUCACCUUUCUGUUGAAGCAAGAAGAUCGGGAGAUACAGGACUCCUACUUGCAGCUCUUCAACAAACUAGAUGUAGCAGUUAAAGAAAUGAAACAAUACGUCUUUCAGAUAAAUAAGCUUUUGUCCACCAUUACUGAACCCACGGCAGCAGGAUUAUGCGAGCUUCCCUCCAUGGAGGAGAUGCCCGCCACAUCCUUGGUCUCGGAAGAGAGCGAUAUUGACAAAGUAGAGCAUGGGAUGAAGAAGGUUUGUUUCAAAGUGUCUGAGGAGGACCAGGAAGAUUCAGGACAUGAUACAAUGAGUUACAGAGACUCAUACAGUGAGUGCAACAGUAACCGGGACUCUGUGCUUUCCUACACCAGCGUACGGAGUAACAGCUCUUAUUUGGGCAGUGAUGAGAUGGGAUCAGGUGAUGAACUCCCCAAUGACAUGAGGAUACCUUCAGACAAACAAGACAAACUGCACGGCUGCCUCGAGCAUCUAUUUAACCAGGUGGAUGCUAUCAAUGCCCUUCUCAAAGGACCAGUAAUAAGCAAGGCUUUUGAAGAAACAAAACAUUUUCCAAUGGACCACAGUUUACAAGAAUUUAAGCAGAAAGAAGAAACCACAAUUCGGAGCAGGAACAAGAUUCAAGUCAGCAUCCAAGAAGAUCCCUGGAACCUUCCGCUCCGAAUCAAGAACCUUGUGGAGACCAUACAGAAAUACGUGGAAGAUGGAAAGAACCAGCUGCUUUUGGCGUUGCUGAAAUGCACAGACACUGAGCUGCAGCUGAGACGAGACGCGAUUUUCUGCCAGGCUCUGGUGGCUGCCAUUUGCACGUUCUCCGAGCAAUUACUGGGUGCUCUCAACUACAGAUACAAUAACAACGGGGAGUAUGAAGAGAGCAGCAGGGAAGCCAGCAAGAAGUGGUUGGAGCAGAUAGCGGCCACGGGGGUGUUGCUCAACUACCAGUCUUUGCUCUCCCCCUCUGUGAAAGAGGAACGAACCAUGCUGGAAGAUAUUCAAGCCACUUUGUCAGAGCUGGACAAAGUUGCUUUUUAUUUCAGGCAACUGGAUGAGUGUUUUGUUGCAAAUACCCAUGUCUUCUACCAUGUUGAAGGCAACAGGCAGGUUUUGAAGGUCUUCUUUUACUUAGACAGUUACUACUUCUCCAAACUGCCUUCCCGGUUUCAGAACGGGGGGAGUCUGAAGCUGCAUGCUGUGCUCUUCACAAAAGCCCUUGAAAAUCUGGAAGGCCAGUCCCAGCCAAAUGGUUCCUCUCUGGAAGAGCUCCAGCAGCAAAUUAAUUCCACCUCUCUUGAGAAGGUGCAGCAGUAUUAUCGCAAACUCAGGACUUUUUACCUUGAGAGAUCCAACUUGCCUACAGAUUCCAAUACCACAGCUGUGAAGAUUGAUCAGCUUAUCCGUCCCAUCAAUGCAAUGGAUGAGCUUUGCAGACUAAUGAAAUCUUUUGUCAGCACAAAAAGCAGCCAGUCGGGAUAUUCCAGUAGUUACGUAGCAGGGGCUGGACUGCUGCCUAUAUCCUCUGAACUCUGUUAUCGCCUCGGAGCCUGCCAGAUUGUAAUGUGCGGCACUGGAAUGCAAAGGAGUACGCUGAGCGUGUCCUUGGAACAAGCAGCUAUAUUGGCUCGAAGUCACGGACUCCUGCCUAAGUGUAUCAUGCAGGCAACAGACAUCAUGAGAAAACAAGGACCAAGAGUUGAAAUCUCUGCAAAAAAUCUGAAAGUGAUGGAUCAGAUGCCACAGUCUGCACCCCGAAUCUACAAGUUGUGUCAGCCCCCUGCAGAUGGAGAUUUAUAGAAGUGAAGGAAACUCCCAUAUCCCGGAAUCACAGAAGUGUUCAGCAGAGAGUGAUGCUUCCUGAGCACUGAUCCUACCUUUUGCCCAUGGUGCUGAGUCCAGAAGAGAGAGGAGGGUUGUGGGUUCUGUGCUUCUAGGCAGUCUGGUGCACUAAAACUGCCUUUCCAUGCAUCUCCUGCUUUUUUAUAUAGGCAGGCCUGGUUACUCUGUUUUGCGGUUGGUUGCUGCAGGAGUUCUGAAACCGAGGAAUGACUUCUGCCCAGUACCAGGAAGGAUAUCACAGGAGGACAAAACCCUGCGAUAAGGAAUUGAUUGUGGUGCUGACUGGACAUUGUGGACUUAGCAAAUCUAAGUGAAGCACAUCAUCUACCUGUCAUGCUGUUUUGGACUGUCAUCCUGUUUCCUGCACAGUGUUGGCUAGUGGCCUUGAACAAGAGCCUCACAAACACUCUUUUUAAAAAAGAAAACCCACCAACUUGCACUUUGAAAUUGUGAAUAGCACACACCUCUGGUUUGUUCAAAGGAUUUCUCCUGGAGCCAUUUUCCACUUCAGCCCAGUAUGAACCAGAUUCUACUCCGCAGAGUGCACAUUCCAUAGGACUUUCUACGAGAAUUUCCUUUUAACUUUUACUGUAAAGUUCAAGGUUUGCAAUUAACACUUUUUACUAAUGGUCCAUUAUGUAUUCUGGAAAUACAACAAUAUAUUUUACAGGGCAGAUUUAGCAAUGAAUGAUUCUUUCUGAAAUGGAAAGAUAUGAUGAAAGGGGAAGCAACCACAGCCCUGUUUUCCAAUAAUUUGAACAGCUGAGCAUUUUUGAAGCAAGGACAAAACUAUACUUAUUUAUGUGGAAUGGAGUAUCUGUUUUGGAACUUUUUCCUUAUAUACAAGGUUUAAAUUUAUGAAGUAUUUGUUUCAAAUGGGGCCAAUAAUGCUGGCAGAUACGUAGUAGAUCUCAGUUCACUGAAAAUAUUGUUACGUUAUUUAAAACCUUGCAGUAUUUAAGUAGUCUUUAAUACAUUUUUUAAAGAAAAGAAAAGAAAAUAGAUUACAGUGGGUUGUAAGUUAAAAUGAAAUCAUGGUUAUGUAUAUAAUGUACUUUAUUUUUCCCUGUUUUAGAAAUGUUUUCUGUUUGAUCAGUAUUAUCAUUAGCAGAGUAAUUUGUUUCCAAAUUACUUGCUACAAUGUAAUGAAAAAUAUCAGCAAUCUCAGGCCAGAAGUAACAUUAUUUUGGAGUGAGUGCCUUAAAUGAAUCAUCCAUGUUGACCCAGAUACAAAAAAAUUAAGGGGCAUAAAGACAAAACUAACAUUCUUCUAUAUCAUAAUAAACUAAAAAGCCAUAGUCUCCUCUGAAAUGCUUUUCGUUGGGCAUGCAUAGAAGUUCCUUAGAGUGGCUUCUGUAUCUAGCACACAGAAGAGGGAUAUUUUGAUUUUGGCUUAAAAUAGGGCAUUUAAUAAACUCCAAUGUUUCCUAACAGUCCAAUCCUUCAUUUAUUGUGUUACAUUGAAAACCGUUAUGUUCCUUCUCUGCUUGAGGAAGGCAUUUAAAGCAACAGCAGCAGCCUUGACUUUUAAAUGAUGGAGAAUGGUUACUGGAAAAAAAUGAACAUUCAACAAUAAAUGAGCCUGAGACCCUGGCUUAUUCCGGCAAUCUCGUUGAUUCCAAAUAGUACAGUACAUUAAAAGUAAAAUAAAAAGGACUGGAGUGGAGUCAGCAACCACCAGGUGGCAGCCUUAGGCUUGCCAGUGGAAAUUUCUGCACAAUUCUCCUAGCAAGGCUGAAUUAACAAAUAUAUUUAGCAAACUACCCUGUGAGGCCCAGCUAAAACUAGUAGAAUGAUAUGCUGCAUUCCUCCCAGCAAAUGUACCCACCCUGCUUGUCACAUCUUGGAUGCUAUUAUUAAAAAUGGUGGUUUAAAAUAGCUUCAGCAGCAGGAGAACAAAUGUAAUAAGAGAUUUCACAGGGAGCGUGUAUUUGGGCGCAAAGUGGAGAUGGAGGCUGUCUAUGAAUGCUGGGAUGGGAAAAAGCAUCUUGACUUGCACCCAUCUUCGAUAUUGCUUGGCAACCAUGAAUUGACCUCAGCUCUUUCCAUUUCAUUUAGACCUUUGUGAAGACUUGAGUCAUAUUUUUAAUUUCAGGAUCUUAUUUUCAAUCCGUGGUGAUGGUUUGUCACCGUCAAGCAUAGUUUGUCAUGUUUCUCAGCGACUAGACCCAUUUCUGUUGCUCUUUGUUACGAUUAAAAGCAAAUACUCCAAGAUGGGGUCCUAGGUGCAGCACUGCUGUUGCAUCUCCCAAGAAAACAAGCUCUGCCUCUCCUUAACCCUGUGCAAUCAUUAUUUGAUUCAAUGUCAGUUCAAGGCAUAGGAGCCAACUCCUAGGGGCUGUGCGGGCUUUGGCCCCCACAAUAAAAUACUUGUGGGGGCUGGGCCCCCAGAAAGUAGAUGGGCAUUCCCAUUCAGUUGGAGUUUGUGCACUGCAUCAUGUGAUCGAUUGUGUGGGGCAGGGCUUACCUGGGCUUCCGCAAUAUUUUAUUGUCACCACUGGUUCAAGGUGUGUUUUUCUUUGUGUGUGUGGGGGGGGGGUCCUCUUGGUCAAAACGUCCAUGGGACCCCAUCCUCACCGCCAAUGUUGCUGCCUGUCUAUUUGUUAAUAAGCACCACAUCUUGGACAGUGAGGACAAGGUAUGUAAAUGGCCACACUCAUCCUUGUUCCUUUCCGUGCUUGUUUACUCAGGGUGCAGGUGAACUGGCAGCAAGAGUGAAGCACGGAGGAAGCACAGAGGAAGCUUGGCAAUGUCUGCACUAACUAGUGGUGACUCUCCAGAAUUUCAGUCAGGGGGUCUCUUCCAGCCCUACCUGGAAAUGACACGGAUGAAGCCUGUUCUUCCAAUGAGGAGGAGGAGCAGAAAGGGUCAGGAAGUUCCAGGGAUUGGCAUUGAGUCCCUUACUGGUCUUGACAGAGUCCAAACUAUGCCACCUCCUGACACCAACCUUGCUUUGGCUCCUUAAGAAGUAUAGAAAUAAUGGAAGACUUCACACACAGCCAAUCUCACAAUAAGCUGCAUGGGAAAUGGGUGAAACCUGUUUUCUUUACAUUUCAAGCCAGAUGUUCCUCUGCUAUCAAAAAGCAGUGCCCAUAUAAUAAUCCACUUUAUAUAAUAAUCCACAUUUUCACUCCCUUAUUCUUCUACGAGCAUGAUGAGAGAACAAAAAACUAGUCCUGCCAAAACCUCUGUGUGGAAAAGAAUGACAUGGUGGAGGCAAAAAAAAUUCACAUAAAAAAAGAAUUGACAACCCAACAGAAAAGUUAUCAGUGAUUGAAUGCAGAUUGGGUGCAUUAAAAAUCAGCUCUGCUUCAGCAGCUCAAUGGGCCUUCAACAUCUCGCUGUGUUAGAUCUGGCAUUUGGUUCAGAAGCUGUAUAUCUGAGAUUUAAGAUUUAUUUUCAAAAGCCCUUCUCACCAGAUCUGCAAGUAUCUCUAUCACUCACUGCAGGAGAGCUACAUUGAAAAUGUACAGCCAUUUGCCUAGAUCAGGGGGCUGUGUGCAAUUAUAUACACACCUUGCACAUUAUUCUUGCACAUUAUGUCAUCCCCAUUCAGCUCAAUGGAGAGACCUGCAGUGGCACAUGGCUACUUAAAAGUGAGUCCCAUUGAGCUUAGUGGUAUGUAAGUAUGAAGCUGUAAGCAUGAAAGUAAGUUUCAACUCCCAAUUUAAGCGAAACUUGCCCAUCUAUUAAAUGCUAAUGGCAUCACUGAGCCAAGACGAAUUAAACAUCUGAUUUAAAGAAGCAAACACAAUUUCCGCUCUCAGAAAUGUAGUUUUACACCAGGCAUUUAAUUCUAUGCUUGGUUUUGGAUAUUUCCAUCAUUGUUUUAAUGAGCGGAGCCGAGAAGAACAUUUUUUAACCAUUAAACAACAGUCUGCAUCCUCUUGCCAGGUUGUUUGUUUGUUUGUUUGUUGCCUGCCCUUUACCCUCAGGUCUCAGGAAGGGUUACAUCAAAACACAAUAUUAAAAAGUUUAAAACUACUUACAAUCACAAAAAUAAGGUGGGUCCUAAAAAAUAUGCCCCUCAAGUGUCAAAAGACACUAUAGUUCACUCAGGAAAGUUGCUUCCCACCUGCGCAAAGGUAUUUGAAAUGAAUAAAUAUGUGCAGAUUCCUCUAAAUGUUUGAUUUUCGAAAAAUAAGUGUAUAAGUCAAUGCUUGGGUGAUUUCUGGAUGCCACUUAAAAUGAAGCUUGCUUCAGAAGCACUCUGAGGCCUUUGAGCAGAGGGAAUCAGAAUCAUUUCAUUAGUUUCAAAUUACUUACAUGACAUCUCCAGCAAUCGCUUUUUUGAUAAUUAAAAAAACCAACAGUUUGAUGUGGCUAUAUAUCACUUACCAGAUGUAGAUAUCAAAACAGUAUGUACAGGGUACGUUAAUUUAGUUCAGCUGCGAGAAGCUCUCCCAGCCUGAUUCCAGAAACUCCUGUCGGGAAACAAACACAGUUUGUGGCAGAGGGUGGCUUCUGUCUGUGUGGGAACCUCUGAGCUGUCACAAGCCAUUUGCUUGUGAAGGGUUGGCACCCUCACAACAUGUUCCUGCCAUCACCAAACCAGAUGUGCGGGGCAUUGUAGCUUUAAAGAGCUGUUGCUUGGCCCAAAAACAUGGUGUUGCAGAAGCAGAAUGAGGGCUGUGGGCUGGGUAAUGCACUCUGUUUUCCAUUAGUUAUCCUCACACCCUGUUUUCCAUUACUUAACUGCAACUUUUUAAAGGGCGUGCGAAGAGAAAGAAAGAUGUCCUCGUCGUCCUAAUGGGGAUGUUGUCCCCAAAUCCAUGAAGGCUAAGACUGUCAGUGUCUACUAUAAUGAUGAUGAUGAUGAUGAUAACAAUAAUUUAUUAUUUAUAUCCCACCCAUCUUGCUGGGUUUGCCCCAGCCACUUUGGGCGGCUCCCUGUCAGGAGUAUGGGCAGGAGUCAGGCUCUGGGGCCUGUAGUGCUUUGCAGGACUGGAGCCUGCCUCAGCUUGUGUUGGAG